CGAAGCGACCAGACCCUCACUGUCGUCCCCACAACACCCGACCAAAACAAACUUGUCACUCACGGGGGUGAGAAACCUCUCUCACGCUGCCCUAAAAACACUGCCACGAUGAUCUUUAUACCUCACGACAAGAAACUUGAUCGAAGUCUUACUGGCUACACGUUAAUUAUGCCUUCAGUAAGUGUGGGCAAUGUAGGGCAGCUGGCAGUGGACAUCCUCAUCACCAAUUUAUCCACAGAGAAGAUUGGUUUAAUACACCAUCCUGCCAUUUAUCCACUUGUUGGAGGUGAUCCAUAUGAUCCAAACAGCAAUGAUGUUGUCACAAGUGCAGACCUUCACCUUGUACAUGAGCUGCCUCUGGUGAUCAUGCAAAUCAGAGCCCCCUUAAUCAAGGGUGAGCGACCGAAAUUUUUAUCUGAGCUGUCAGCCUGGUGUAAAUCGGCAGGGAUCCAGGAUAUAGUGUUGCUGGCAUCGUGCAAUGCUUAUGAGCGGUGGGAAAACAAUCAACUCACAGGAUCGCAGCUUCGAUACCUCACCUCUAAAGUACCACAGAAUGAUGUGGAACUGCUCAAAUCAGUUGGUGCGUCAGAGUUGGAGGAACGGGUAGAUGAGUUUGGGAACAAGCACCGUUUCUUGUCUGGAGCAGGAUUUGUCAAGCAAUUUAUGGAGACUUGUGACCUCCCACUGGCAGCAUUGUUCAAGUUUGUCGAUGAAGGUGAUAAUACACAUGAUGCUUUUGUGCUUGUCAACUUCCUCAAUGCCUGGAAAAAACUUUUGCAGACUGCUGAUCCUUCAUGGAAAGCACCGUUUUCAUGGAGAAACAUGUUUGGAGGAGCAGCACCUAACAGCAUAUAUUAAAAGUUGGCAAUUUUCUAACUUGAUGGUACUUUAUAUAUGAUGAUCUAAAUAUACCAAUGAGAGAUCAUGUAGGAUGUAUUCUAAUAAGUGCCUCUUUCAUCAUUUUGUUUGUUAAAGAUGAUAAUAAAUAUUAAAGUACA